GGGUUAACCGGCUAGAAACGACCCCUUGAUCGUUAACAACUACCAAUCACGAGAUUAACUCAUUAAACGACGCCGUAUCUGUCGCCGUAAUGCUCAUUAGUGUACGUUCAGAUCCCGUGCGUCGUAAGCACUGUCGUGUAGGUUAGUCAACAACUUCUUACAUUGCACAGGAUACGCGCACGCCGUAAUGAAAAAUAUUCUCUUAACGCAUCUUACCCUCUUCUUACGUCGUCAACCUUACCCACCUUUAUAUAUAUCAUUACUCUGAAACUUCAAAACGCAUACUAUAGACGUUACUAAAAUUGCUGAACAUAAUUCUCUCUUUCAACUCGAUCUUGAUUAGAGUUUAGGGUUUUUAGAAAUAAUAUUUGCUUAAUUUUGUUCGACUUAAUGGAGACGAAGGCGCCAGUGAGGAAGCUGCUAAAGCAAUCGUCGUUAGCUCCGGAUCGGCAGCGGAAGGAGGCGGAGCUGGUAGACAGCGAAGAAGACAGCGAGGACAUCAAGCCGGAGGUGAGGUUGAUGUACCUGACCAAUGAGCGUGACUUGGAAGGCAUUAACGAGCUCUUGGAUUCGGGCAUCGAUGUAAAUUUUCGUGAUAUCGAUGACCGUACAGCUCUCCAUGUGGCGGCUUGCCAGGGGUUCACGGAGGUUGUGGAAUUGUUGCUCCAACGUGGCGCUGACGUGGACCCCAAAGAUCGUUGGGGAAGCACGCCCCUUGCAGAUGCUAUAUAUUAUAAAAAUCAUGAUGUGAUUAAACUCUUGGAGAAACAUGGAGCAAAACCUCUGAUGGCUCCAAUGCAUGUCAAACACGCCCGUGAAGUUCCGGAGUAUGAAAUUGAUGCACUUGAACUUGAUUUUACCAACAGCGUCGAUAUUACUAAGGGGACCUUCCGUAUAGCAUCAUGGCGUGGUAUUCAAGUUGCUGUAAAAAAGCUUGCAGAGGAUGUGAUUAGUGAUGAAGAUAAAGUGAGAGCGUUCAGGGAUGAGCUUGCAUUGCUUCAAAAGAUUCGACAUCCAAAUGUGGUCCAAUUUCUGGGUGCUGUAACACAAAGUAGUCCAAUGAUGAUUGUGACAGAAUAUUUACCUAAGGGAGAUCUCCGUGCAUUCCUGAAAAGGAAAGGAGCACUGAAACAGUCGACAGCUGUGAGAUUUGCCCUUGAUAUUGCAAGGGGAAUGAAUUAUUUGCAUGAGAAUAAACCAGAACCAAUUAUUCACCGUGAUCUUGAGCCUUCAAAUAUACUGCGGGAUGAUUCUGGACAUCUGAAAGUUGCAGACUUUGGAGUUAGCAAGUUGCUCACAGUCAAAGAAGAUAGACCUCUAACUUGUGAAGAUGCUUCAUGUCGUUAUGUGGCUCCAGAGGUUUUCAGAAAUGAAGAGUAUGAUACCAAAGUAGAUGUAUUCUCAUUUGCUCUAAUUUUACAGGAGAUGAUUGAAGGUUACCCACCGUUUUGUAUGAAGCAAGAUGAUGAAGUACCUAAAGCAUAUGUUGCUAGAGAGCGUCCACCUUUUAAGGCUCCUGCAAAGCGUUAUGCACAUGGACUUAAAGAGUUGAUUGAGGAAUGCUGGAAUGAGAAGCCAGCUAAGCGACCAACAUUCAGACAAAUAAUAACAAGACUGAAGUCCAUUAAUAACAGUAUUGGUCAUAAGAGGCGUUGGAAGGUCGGAACAAUGAAAUGCUUUUAUAAUUUGGAAGCUUUUUUGAAGAAAGAUCAUUCUGGUCCUAGCAGCCGAAGUAAUUCAUCUCGUUCAACAAGGAGCAUAUGAAGAAUUGGGAUUGAUAUUCAAUUAGUUUGUGAGUUUGUCAAAUUUUUUUUCACCUUUUCCAAUUGGGUGGCACAAAAAUUGUUUUACCAGGGUGGUGGUAUACCUUUUGUUCCAUAUGUAGCCAAUGAAAAUUCUAUACAAAAUUUUUAGCUUCCCCUUCGAUUUUUGUGGGGUUUGGAUCA